GAGUUCGAAGUUAACCGGAAGUUAGGUUAGCAAGAUGGAGGCGCACGCUGGUGGCGCUACGGCGAUGGAGGAAAGAGAACCGGCGGUUGUGGCCGCCGCUGCCUUUUCCGACGGGGAAGAAAGCGACGAGGCCCCAGAGGAGGUGACUUUCGAGAGGGCGCGGGAGGCCGCUGUGGAGGAGCGCCGGCUGGCGGGGGAGCGCGCUCGCAGAGAAAAGGCCUUACUGAAAGAAAAGAGACGACACAGAGAAGAACUAUUUAAGGAACAAAAGAAAAGAAAGUUGCUUCCUGAAAACAUCUUGGAGGAAUUAGCAUCCACACCCAAAAGCACAAAUCAGACAUCUGAUGAGCAAGAUCAGAAUGUUGAAGAUGAAGUUGAAAAUCAAGAAGAUUCAGAAAAAGACUCAAAAGAAGAAAGUUUGGUAGCAAGGUGCCCCCCAAAUUAUAUGGCUGUACGGUUAAAAGACCAGGAGCUAAUCAGUCAACAGCAACAGGAAGCCAAAGACUUUAUACAAAGACAGCUUUAUGGAGCAAGCUGCAAUCGAACUACUGCAAAUCAAUAUUUUUCUGUUGAAAGCAAGAAAAAAACAGUUAAAAAAGCUGCAAUCCAGUUUGUGAAUAAAUCUUGGGGUAAGAUGAUAUUCCUUUAUUUGUCUUACAGCAACAAUUUAAAAGUGCUUUUAUUGACUUCAAUAUUUUAAUCUCAGGUUUUGCAUUGUAUGCCCCUUUUUCUUUUAACUGAAGAACAUAUACUAAAAGUGAAAAUCUGGUCCAAAAUAACUGCUCUAGUCAUUUUGAAGGACUUCUAUCAAAAUGGUAAUUUUCUACAUACUCCCACAUACGAAAACAAAAAUACAGUCAAGUAUAACAUAAGCACAAGUAGCUAAAGAUGUUUGUAACAUGACAUUUAUACCCCUGGAAUAUGAUUAAGAAGCCUGAAUGUUGAAAUUGAAUGAUAAAGCUGUCCAUGUAAUUUAAGAUAAGAGCUGUUUACUUCUGAGCAUAUUCAAGAUGCCUUACCAUUCAAAGCACUUGUGGUCUUGGAACAGGCACACGUGACAGCACAUAUAGUCCAUUUUAGUUCAUUUUAAAAAGCAAACGGGGUCCGACCUGGUAAUAGUUGGAGUCGAGACCAUCAGGAGAUUCCAGGAUUGUAGGCUCCCAUGGAAAGUGAAAGGGAAAAAAUGCAGAAGGUAGCAGAUAUCAAACUGCUUCAGUAUUUUUUCCAGGAAGUUUAAAUAGAUGUGUUUAUUUGAGAAUUGUAAUUUAUAUAUAAGGCCAUGUAAAUUUGUGAAGGGUCAAAGACCUGAAUGAAAACUUUUUUAGUUUGCAAAUCCUGUAAAGGCUUCCUAGGAACAAUACACAUUUUUUUAUUUAUUUCGAUAAAAUUGGAGAGUGAGUUCUGAUAUUAGUAGUUGUCCGAUUCAUCGACUAGAUACCAGGUGAGGAAUAAAAGAGGCAAAGUACCUUGUCUCUGUGGGCUACCAAAUCCAUGACGUUACAGAAAGGUACAGAAAACAAUCUCAAAUUCUAGAUAUGGAAGGAAGACUUUUUUUCCCUUUCUGCUUGAUUUCCAUAAAAUGAGCAUAAUGGCAAUCCCAAGCAAAUUGUUCAAUGCUGUAGAUGUAUAGUUUUAGUUGGUUUUUUUAUCGAUUGUUGAGAGUGAAUGGAAAAUAUUUUCUUAAAUGGGACAGCUCAAUCAGUGAAUCCAAGCUUUUAUGGAACCUACAGCAACAAUUUUACUACUACUGAAUUCUGUUUUCAACUGUUUGUUUUCUUGUUCCUAGGUAAAGUAAAAAAAGAAAAAGCUACUCGGUUUACAAAACAUUGGGUAUCUUCAAAAAUAAUUCCCUGAAAUAUUUUGCUGUUGCUUAUGUACAAUAUCACUGCAAAAUGUCUUGUAUUUGAAUUAUAUAAUGUCCUUGCUAUUGUUUUAUAUAUUAACAUUUUUAUGAUUUCUGUCUUCAUUUAAAGAGAAUUAAAAAGGAUAACCUAAAUUAGGAUCUUGCAAUGGUAUGUUCCAACUAAAAGUAAUUUUAUCUGGGUCUUUUUAACUCAAGCUACAUUUUUGAUUGAAUGAGAGAUCAUUUUCUUAAAUAUUUUUGAUACUCUUUUUGCGCAAGCAUCUUUUAACAUUGCCUCUCCUACAUCCGUAAAUUGACUUACUAAUGUACCCAGGAUAUCUUUUUGGAAGUACACUCUAGUUGUAAAAAGAAGAUAUAUCUUGAAAUAAUUUGUAUAUAGGUUUGCAAAUAUGGGAAAUAUUACCCAAAACAUUGAAUUUAGUUUUCCGGAAAAUAAUUCCCAUGGAAUUAGUAAAUGAUCCAACAAGUAGGCUGUCUGUGUGCCUAUGGCAGUGUUUCCCAAACUUGACAAUUUUAAGGCAUGAGGACUUCAACGCUGGCUGUGGAAUUCUGGGAGUUGAAGUCCACAUGCCUUAAAAUUGUCAAGUUUGGGAAACACUGGCCUAUGGGAACCACAAGCAAGAUGUGAGUCAGUAGGAAUUCCUAAUUCAUUAACAGCCUGUCCCUAUAGCUCACCUAUUAAGAUGAGAGGCAUAGCCAAAUGGUCCAAUGCAAGAAGUCAGCAGAGAAUACUUACAAUAGGCAAUGGUAUAGUUAUAAUCCAGUCCUGAAUUUCUUUAAGAGUCAACACCAACAGCAAAGCAGGUCCAAAGGAUUUAUAGAAUGCUAUGCCAGAGCAAAAAUCAGGUUGACAGGAAAUUUAUUUCAUGUUUGGUUCCUUUCCAAUAAAAAAAAAAUUAAAACUUGUAA